UGAACCAGGAAUCCGCCCGCAAGAGCGAGCCGCCCGCCCCGGUGCGCAGACAGAGCUAUUCCAGCACCAGCAGAGUUUUAAAGAAACGCGAAGAAAUGGACAAAGACGGAGAAAAGACAACCCGAUAUGAUUCUGCCCUUCCAGAAGCAAAGAGGCCUGUAUCAUCCUGUAUGAUCGACGCCGGUCAUGGGGAGGAGUGAUUGCUUAGAAGUUAAUGGAUUUGCAACAGACAAAUGGCAGAGGAAACGGGCAUGGCUGUGUCUCAUCAUAUUCCUGUACUGUUUGAAAGCUACAGUAGUAAAGCCCAAGUGGCCUGUGGAUAUGGCAUGUCCUGUUUUAUAAGAGAGAAGUUCAGGGCAUUGAAGUGGCAUGGCCAAGGUCACACAAAAAGUAUCUCAGUAACAAAGAAGACACAUACAUCUCAAAUUGAAAUUAUUCCAUGCAAGAUCUGUGGAGACAAAUCAUCAGGAAUCCAUUAUGGUGUCAUUACAUGUGAAGGCUGCAAGGGCUUUUUCAGGAGAAGUCAGCAAAGCAAUGCCACCUACUCCUGUCCUCGUCAGAAGAACUGUUUGAUUGAUCGAACCAGUAGAAACCGCUGCCAGCACUGUCGAUUACAGAAAUGCCUUGCCGUGGGGAUGUCUCGAGAUGCUGUAAAAUUUGGCCGCAUGUCGAAAAAGCAACGAGACAGCUUGUACGCAGAAGUACAGAAACACCGGAUGCAGCAGCAGCAGCGAGACCACCAACAGCAGCCUGGAGAGGCAGAGCCGCUGACUCCCACCUACAGCAUCUCGGCCAACGGGCUUACGGAGCUUCACGACGACCUCAGCAGCUACAUCGACGGGCACACCCCCGAGGGCAGCAAGGCAGACUCUGCCGUCAGCAGCUUCUACCUGGACAUACAGCCUUCCCCGGACCAGUCAGGUCUUGAUAUCAACGGAAUCAAACCAGAACCAAUAUGUGACUACACACCAGCAUCAGGCUUCUUUCCCUACUGCUCUUUCACCAAUGGAGAGACGUCCCCAACUGUGUCCAUGGCAGAACUAGAACACCUUGCACAGAAUAUAUCUAAAUCACAUCUGGAAACUUGCCAAUACUUGAGAGAAGAGCUCCAGCAGAUAACGUGGCAGACCUUUCUGCAGGAGGAGAUUGAGAAUUACCAAAACAAGCAGCGGGAGGUAAUGUGGCAAUUGUGUGCCAUCAAAAUUACAGAAGCUAUACAGUAUGUGGUGGAGUUUGCCAAACGCAUUGAUGGAUUUAUGGAACUGUGUCAAAACGAUCAAAUUGUGCUUCUCAAAGCAGGUUCUCUGGAGGUGGUAUUUAUCAGAAUGUGCCGUGCCUUUGACUCUCAGAACAAUACCGUGUACUUUGAUGGGAAAUAUGCUAGCCCCGACGUCUUCAAAUCCUUAGGUUGUGAAGACUUUAUUAGCUUUGUAUUUGAAUUUGGAAAGAGUUUGUGUUCUAUGCACCUGACUGAAGAUGAAAUUGCAUUGUUUUCUGCAUUUGUCCUGAUGUCAGCAGAUCGCUCAUGGCUACAGGAAAAGGUAAAAAUUGAAAAGCUGCAACAGAAAAUUCAGCUAGCUCUUCAACACGUCCUACAGAAGAACCACCGAGAAGAUGGAAUACUAACAAAGUUAAUAUGCAAGGUGUCUACAUUAAGAGCUUUAUGUGGACGACAUACAGAAAAGCUAAUGGCGUUUAAAGCAAUAUACCCAGACAUUGUGCGACUUCAUUUUCCUCCUUUAUACAAGGAAUUGUUCACUUCAGAAUUUGAGCCAGCAAUGCAGAUUGAUGGGUAAAUGUGUCACCUAAGCACUUCUAGAAUGUCUGAAGUCCAAACAAUGAAAAACAAACAAACAAACAAAUUAACCGAGACACUUUAUAUGGCCCUGCACAGACCUGGAGCGCCAACACACUGCACAUCCUUUGGUGAUCGGGGUCAGGCAAAGGAGGGGAAACAGUGAAAACAAAUAAAAGUUGAACUUGUUUUUCUCAUGCAUAUGAUUUCCAUUAUGCCUACAGAUAUGGACCCUUUUUCUGUCUCGACUUCUUGAUCACUGACCUCUGUUUACAACAGAAGGCGGGUACUAAAGUCAGAGGAUGUCCUUUUUUUUGUAGCUCACUGCCCACAGACUUUCUACAUCUGUCGGUAACAACGGAGAGUCCAGCACUAAUCGGUGACUGGUGUGCAUAGCGGAGGUUGCGGCAUUACUUUGCACAACUUGCUCUUUGUCUCAUGAAGGAAGUUUUUAUUUUUUCACCGAUUACUGCCAGUCAGCAGGAUGGCACGAAAAGGGUCCAUAGCACUAGCAACAAUAGCAUUAUAAUAUAUUACAGGGUAAAUGGGCAUGAAGACUAUAUAUAGCUAAAAGAGAUAUUGUUUAUAUAUUGUUUUAAUUAAUAUAAAAUGUAGUUACUGGUGUAGCUUUUCCUGUUGAAUUGAUAAGGCACUUUCAUUUUGCACCUUUUUUCUUUAAAUUAAAUGCUAGCGUGUUCACUGUCGUGUCGCAUGUGCACCAGAAACACAAGUUUAACUGAGAAGGCUUGGAAGGUACGUCGGGAGGUAUUUAUGCUGCUGUUUACACAAUUACUUUUAAAAGACUGGCUGGUCAUAUCUAGAAAUCACGCUGUUGGAUUAAUUUUUUUUUUUACACAUGAAUUUGGAAUUAGAAACAGAACUCUCCCUAAAUUGUACUUUGCUUUUGGGUCAGUUUAAGGAUAGAUGUGUUUAUGCUUCAUACAAAGUUGAGUGAUUGAUUGAUUGGUGCUGUGGACUUACACCCUCGUGCACAGUAUUUUUUAAAAGCUUUUGAAAAUGCCACCUCAUUGAGGCAGGGGAAGGGAGGCUUAUUUUGCACAGCUGCAUAGUUAUAUAAACUCAGCCUCAACUUGGAGUUCUUAUGCUUUAAGAACAGAUCAGUAACCAGAAUAUUUAUCAGAAUCUAGCUUUUAUUAGAAGAAGGACCCAAAGAUUAUAUCUGGAGCAAAUGCACACUCCCCAUGUGAAAACAUGAAGCAUUUACUUUGUGAAUGUUUAUGUUCUUGGUAUAAUCUAGGAACCCUGAGAGUUUAUCUCAGAGUGAAUGGUUUCUAGACUAACUGCCUCUAGAUGGUGUCAUUCUAGAACACUGUUCUCCAUAUUUCACAGUCAAUGGAUAGGAGGGCAAAGGAGGCGUGCGAUGUUGAACCAGUUUCUCUUAUUUAAGUAUUAAAUAUUUUAAGCCUUUAAAGUGAAGUCGAUGCAAGCUGCAAACAUUUACUUUAGUGUUUAUCUUCACUAGAAAACUGUGGACUGUAAUUUAUUUUAUUAAAUCUUUAGAAGAUUGUUUGGCUUUUGUGUUCAGGUGAGAAAUAUUGAGUUGUUUUUGUUUAAUGUUGUGGCUUUUUUU